GCUUUUGCAAAGGAGGGCGCGAAGCGCUGCCGCUCUGGCGUGAGCCGGCUCCUCCAGCUCGGAUCGCUGGGGGAAGAUGAUCGCCGCCCUGCAGCGGAUGCCCGGGGGGAGGAUGGAGACGCCAGACCCGUCGCGGUGCCUGACUCACCGGGAACGGCGAUGCUGAGGCUUUGCUAAGGGACGGCUGCCCGCCAAUGGGCCACGGCUUAAAGCCUUUUUCUCUGCGUGUGGGGAGCGGGGGGACCGCUGAACACCCCGAGGUACCAUGGAGGCGGGGCAGCCCUCUCCGUCGUGGGGCGCAGAGAUCGGGGGGAUUUCGCCUCUUUAAACAAGGGGCCCGGCUCUGGUGAGAUCCGCGGGAUCCAGCGCUGCGCCUUCGGUGCCAGGAUGUAUGGAUUUAUAAACACAUGCCUGAAGUCUCUGGUGGUUGAAAAAUAUGGUGAAGAAACAUGGGAAAAAUUAAGAAUCCAGGCAGGAGUUCAGGACACAUUUCUGACGUUUGAAGUUUACAAAGAUGAGAUCACAAUGCAGCUAAUUGACAAAGCCUGCAAAAUGUUAGAUGUUCCCCCAGAUAUGGUUCUGAAGCAGUUUGGAGAGUUUUUCUUUGAAUUUUGCAAACGGUCAGGCUAUGACCAUAUGCUGAGAACAUUGGGUGGAAAUCUCUACGAAUUCAUCGAGAACUUGGAUGCAUUACAUAGCUACCUGUCUCUUUCUUAUCAGGAGAUGAAUGCACCUUCUUUUAGGGUAGAAAAGAAUGAAGAUGGGUCAAUGCAUUUGCAUUACUACUCAGAUAGAAGAGGUCUGUGCCAUAUUGUUCCAGGAAUCAUUGGUGCAGCAGCCCUGGAUUUUUUCAACACUGAAAUUUCAAUGGAAAUAGUCAAUCAAACAGAGGAGGAAGAAAGAACUGGGAAAAAAGAACAUAUAGUUUUCCUUGUCACUCAAAAACCUGUUUUUUCAUACAAAAAGAGAAAUAAAUUCUCUUCCUCACCACAAUACAUUGAUGACUCUGGAAGGCGAAUUGAGAAACAACUGAAUAAAGAGGGUAUUGAAAAAAACAAGAAGAAGAUUAGAGACAGAACAAGCCUUGUUUCUGUUUGUCCCGCCAAGAAAAAUCACUGGGAAACAAUCAGAGGAAUCGUUACACUAGGAAGAGGUAAACUUCUGAGAGGAUUUGAUCCUGCUUAUCCUACAACGCUCUGGAUAGAUACAAAAACAUUUUGCAAUGGACUUCCUUUCCAUAUUGUUUUUGAUGAAGAGCUCAGAGUAAAGCAAGCUGGGGUGAGCAUUCAAAAGAUUGUCCCUGGCCUUCAGACCCUGGGCAUUCGCCUGGAUCAUUACUUCAGUAUCGUGCACCCAGAAGUGACAUUCACCAUCUCUAGUGUUCAGAAGUUUAUCAACAGUCAAUUUGUUUUCCGGACUAGGAGAGAGAUGAUGCCAGAGUCAUGGAAACAACGUCCAAUGCUAGAGUUGAGAGGCCAGAUGAUCUGGAUGGAGUCUCUGCAGUGCAUGCUCUAUCUCUGCUCACCUUUACUGCGCACUUUGCAUGAGUUGGAAGAGAGACAGAUGCAUAUUGCGGACAUAGCACCUCAUGACGUUACCAGGGAUUUGAUUCUUCUCAACCAGCAACGGCUGGCUGAGAUGGAGCUCUCCAACCAGCUGGAGAGGAAGAAAGAAGAACUGCGGAUACUCUCAAAGCACCUGGAGGAAGAGAAGAAAAAGACAGAAGCUCUGCUCUACGCCAUGCUUCCAAAGCACGUGGCCAACCAGCUAAAAGAGGGGAAACGAGUUGAGGCAGGAGAGUUUAAAGAAUGCACCAUAUUGUUCAGCGAUGUUGUGACCUUUACCAACAUUUGUGCCCAGUGUGAGCCUAUUCAGAUAGUCCUCAUGUUAAAUUCAAUGUACCUACGAUUCGACAGACUAACCACAGUGCAUGAUGUCUACAAGGUGGAGACAAUAGGCGAUGCCUACAUGGUGGUAGGAGGUGUCCCUGUGCCUGUAUCUACGCAUGCUGAGCGAGUUGCCAACUUUGCCCUGGGAAUAAUCAUAGCAGCCGAAGAAGUCAAGAAUCCGGUUUCUGGAAAACCUAUCCAAAUUAGAGUUGGGAUCCACACAGGACCUGUCCUGGCUGGAGUAGUUGGAGAAAAGAUGCCUCGUUAUUGCUUGUUUGGAGACACCGUGAAUAUAGCUUCCCGGAUGGAGAGUCAUGGGGUUCCAAGUAAAAUUCACCUUAGCCCCACUGCCCAUUACUGCCUAAAGGACAAAAAAUUUGAGAUGACUGAAAGAGGAGAGAUUGAAGUGAAGGGCAAAGGGAAAAUGCAUACAUAUUUCCUGAUUAGAAACAGGACUGCAACUGAGAAUGAGAUCAUGGGAAACCCAAUAAAGGAAUCAGAUUCUGACCAUGAAUCUGUUCAGUCCUUUCAUGAGUCCAGGAUCAAAAUGAUACAAAGUUCAUGUCAGCAAGCUAUGCAGCCCAGUUCAGACCAGGAUCAGCCGCCAACCAUAGCAAUGAAGUACAUUGAUGGUCCCACAGAAACACAAGCCAGUUACAAAGGAAGAAGUCAAGAAAGAAUUAUGGAUUUAACAGGCAAAACACAUGACUUUGAAAGCUACGGACAUCUCCAUGAUGACCAGCAGCCAGGCAGUGAUCCUUAUCUGCCCAACCAGGAAAGAAUCAAACCAGCACCUGAAGAACCACAGAACAGAAAUGUCAGAUCCAAUUUUUGCAAUUUAAUUUAAGCUGCUGACUUUUAAAGUUAAACAGGGUAACCAGCUAUCAGUCAUCUCCUUGCUAGGAGGUUGCAAGGGUCAGCGCAUCCCACAGCAGCAAGGGGGCUGGGCAGAGUAUGGGGCUCCACUCUGGAAGGGAAUUAGCGCUUGAAUGGCUGAAUAAUGUCAUUUGCCCCUUCUCCAGUUUGGAAGCUCACACAACUGCAUCACCCAUGAAGACCCCUCUAGGCCAGCAGUCAGUAAGGCAAAUUUGAUAUAUACUAGGUCAUUUUCCACUGAAAACACUGUGAAUGUUUAAGAUGUGAAAUAUUUUAAAUGCCAGUAACUAGUCCAAUUCUGAGCACUAUUGAAUAAUUUAUUCCAGGGGUUCUCAAACUGUG